GUGCUGAAAAAAAUGGAGCUGGCCCGCCUCUUCUCCCGGCUCUACACCUACAAGCGCACCCACGCCGCGUACAACCUGCUGUUCUUCGUGUCCGGAGGGGGCAAGUUUAACUACCAGGGCACCAAGCGCUGGCUGGAGGACAACCUGGACCACACAGACUCCAGCCUGCUGCAGGACAACGUGGCCGUGGCCGCCCACCAGUUCCCCGAGGUGCGCUUCUCCAUGGUGCACAAGAAGAUCAACCUGGCGGAGGACGUGCUGGCCUGGGAGCACGAGCGCUUCGCCAUCCGCCGGCUGCCCGCCUUCACGCUGUCGCACCUGGAGAGCCACCGCGCGGGCCAGCGCAGCAGCAUCAUGGACGUGCGGUCCCGGGUGGACUCGAAAACCCUGACCCGCAACACCAGGAUCAUCGCGGAGGCCCUGACCCGCGUCAUCUACAACCUGACGGAGAAGGGGACGCCCCCAGACAUGCCAGUGUUCACGGAGCAGAUGCCGCGGGCCGCGCAGCUGCUGGACAAGGACGGCACGUUCCUCAGCACCCUGGAGCACUACCUGAGCCGCCACCUCAAGGACGUCCGCCAGCACCACGUCAAGGCCGACAAGCGGGACCCCGAGUUCGUCUUCUACGACCAGCUGAAGCAGGUGAUGAACGCGUACAGGGUCAAGCCGGCGGUCUUCGACCUGCUCCUGGCCGUGUGCAUCGGCGCCUACCUCGGGAUGGCCUACGUGGCAGUCCAG